AUGGUCAUCAAGACAAAGAGUGUAAAGUACAUGCCAUUUUAUCUCUCGCUUGCUAGCCUCUUAAAUGGAGUUGUCUGGGUGGUCUACGCACUCCUUAAAUUUGAUAUUAAUAUGCUGAUUCCAAAUGGUUUGGGAGCGAUUUCCGGCGUAAUACAACUCAUCCUGUACGCCACCUUCUACAGAACCACCCGAUGGGAUGACGACGACGACGAAAUAAAUUCGAGAUCGGAGGUCCAAAUGUCCAAUGUCUAG